AUGCCUUCAAAGACCGCCUCCUAUUGGAUCCUUUUGCUCAUCGGUCUAGUCGUCCUAUCCGUCGGUUGUGAUGCCCCAAAUGAACCCGAGCCAAAGGUCUUCCGCUACCAGCUCACUUCGGCCCCCGCGACCCUCGAUCCAGCACUGGCGGGUGACACCGCCUCGGGCGGUGUGAUCGAUCGCCUCUUUGACGGUUUGAUGAAGCUCGACCGCUCCACAGAUCAGCCGGUCGCGGACCUAGCGGAACCGUUCUUAUUGUCUGAUGACGGGCUCGUCUAUUCCUUUCAGCUCAAAUCUGGGGUUCUUUUCCACAGUGGUCGACCGAUCCAAGCCUCCGAUUACCGUGCCUCCUGGGAGCGGCUGUUGGCCCCAGAGAACGAUUCACCGAAUGCUUGGCUCUUCGAAUUGGUCGAGGGUGCCGAGGCGUUUAGGAAUGGCACCGUGGACACGGUGAGCGGAAUCGAAGUGGAAGAUCCCUAUGUGUUGAGGAUUCGAUUGGUCCGCCCAUUCGCACCCUUUCCUUACCACCUAGCCGCGCCGGCGGCCAGCGUGGUGCCCAUUGAAGACGUGGUGCGCCUUGGCGGAGACUUUGAACGUCAACCC